AUGGAAAUUCUCACAGAUGCCGAAGGUUGGAUAUUAAUAGACAGGUGUGGAAAACAUUUUGGAACAAUCUUAAAUUUCUUAAGAGACAGUUCAGUUGCAUUACCUGAAAGCACAAAAGAAAUGGCAGAAUUACUUGCAGAAGCAAAAUAUUAUUGCAUUACUGAAUUAAUUGAAUCUUGUGAACAAGCACUUCUUCUAAAAGAAAGAGAAGCUGAACCUAUUUGUAGAAUUCCACUUAUCACUUCUCAAAAAGAAGAGCAAUUAUUAAUUAGCAUUACUACUAAACCAGUAGUAAAGUUGCUUGUUAAUAGGCACAAUAAUAAAUAUUCUUAUACAAGUACAUCAGAUGACAAUCUCUUAAAAAACAUAGAAUUGUUCGACAAAAUGUCCCUUAGAUUUGGUCAUAGAGUAUUAUUUAUUAAAGAUGUAAUUGGCUCCAGUGAAAUUUGCUGUUGGACAUUUUAUGGUCAUGGUCGUAAGGUUGCAGAAGUUUGUUGUCACUCCAUUGUUUACACAACUGACAAGAAACACACAAAGGUUGAGUUUCCAGAGGCCAGAAUUUAUGAAGAAACAUUAAAUAUUUUGUUAUAUGAACAUCGAAAUGGUCCUGACCAAGAAUUAAUGCAAGCAACAUCAUCACGCGGUGCAGUUAGUGGUGCACCACCUUGUACGUCAGAUGAAGAAGAGGGAAACUAGUGCAUCCCAUCAAAAUACAUAAGGUAGCCAUGGUCCACUUAUUAAAUCGUCGAAAUUUCUAAUCUAGCCACAUUGUACAAGCCAGCAACAUUUCUGUUUUACAAUUAUUUAAAAAUAUAUACAAAGUUUUGUCUUGUA